UGAGCAUUAGUUUAGAGGUUAUAUUUUGUUCAAUCAAAACAAACGUCGUAGUAACAAAGUUUAAAAUGGAUAACAGAUUCACAAUAAAUAGUGCGCAUCAAUCUUUCACUGAUAAACAAAAAGACCUCUUUGCCUCACUCGAAAAUGCAGAAAAAUCAGCCCCAAAACUCAUACAAAACCAACAAAUGGAAGUAGAUGACAAUGAUGACAAAAACCAGAAUUUACAUCAAAACAAAGAGAUGAGACGACGAGAUCGGAACGAAUGUUCAGGUAAAAGUGAUAAGAAUCCACGGAUGAGGCAGUACAAAUCUCGCGAAAGUAUUUUCAAACGUCCUGAAGCACCAAUCUCCAGAUGUUUACCACAUGGAAGAACACCAGGUUUCAGAAAGAACCCAAACCAAUGGACAAAAUAUACAUUAGAGGAUGUUAAGGAUGAAGACAUGUCAGAUAGAAGUAAUACACAGGCAGCUUUUUCAUUUCUUAAAAGCUUAGAAAAGUCUAAGAGUGAAUCAGAGGAGAAACUUGACAGUUUGCCAGAGAAGAUUAUUUUUAAGAAAAGCUCAAUAAUCAGAAAGAAACAAACCAACAUAGAAGAUAAAGCAAAUGAAGAAGAAGAUAAAUGUUCAUUUAGAAGUUCUAAAGUUGUUAUGCCUGAGUAUGUUGUGGGGCAAGCAGGGAAAAAAGACAAAAAGAAGAAAAAUAAAGUUAUUUCUACUAGCAGUAGUGAAACAUCAAAAGUACAAUUAAAAUUAAAUCAUUUAGAUGAUGAGUAUGAAGAUGACAUGUAAAUAUUUGAUUAAAUUUAAUUUUGUGCUAAUAUGUAAAAAAUUUGUCCAAAUAGUUUUAUUUUAAGUGAUUAUAAAGCAAUUUCGGAGUGUCAA